UUUAUUAGAUGCGAUAGCCGUACUUUUGUUUCCAUUUGUCAAAUGAGACGCAUUUGUAAUAUAUGUCAUCUUAUUAUUUAUCGGCAACAACAACAUGAAUGUCGACGACAACAACAACAAAAUUUAAUUUGUAAAAAAUGUCGGGGGCCUCACACAGAGGAAUUACCUUGUUAUAUUCAGCCAUUAAAAGCUGAAGAAGAUUCUGAUGAAGAAGAUCAACAACCACAAAAGAAACGACAAUCUCCAAUUCGCUUAUGCUUUUUUGAUGCUGAAACCAGCCAGGAUGAAAAUAUACAAAUUAGCCGCAAUAUUAAUGGAUAUAAACAUGUUCCAAUACUUAUAAUUGCCGAGGUAAUUUUUAAAAAUUUUUUUAAUGUUUAA